CUUAGUCUGUCGCGCAUGCGCAGUUUUUACCUUACUUGCUGUUUCCUCCCUUCACCGGCAGCAGUUGCCAUUUUUACGGGGGGCGAGAGUGGUUUUGGAGGGGGGUGACAGUUUGGUUCUGUCCCCGGCUGUGCUGUGUCAGGCCGAUCCCUGGCUUGGCACAACAUUGAGGAGAGCAAAUGGAUGGCAGCAGUUCAAGAUCAGGAGCAGUCAAUGGCUUCACUAUGAAAUCACAGCUUCAGGUUAUAGUUAUAUCCGCUAAGUUAAAGGACAACCGGAAAAACUGGUUUGGUCCGAGUCCAUAUGUGGAGCUAUCAGUGGAUGGACAAUCAAAGAAAACAGAAACAAAAAAUAAAACUCACAGUCCCAAAUGGAAACAGCCGCUCACUGUCAUUGUAACCCCAUUUAGUGUGUUAAAUUUCCGUGUUUGGAGCCACCAGACAUUGAAAUCUGAUGCUCUGAUUGGAAGUGCAUCACUCAACUUGCAUGAAACGCUACUGUCUAACCAUAUGAAAUUAGAAGAAGUCAUUGUGAACAUGCAGCUGUUAAGUGACAGGGAGACGGUCGGCGACCUGUCUGUGUGCUUGGAUGGGAUGCAGGUAGACCCAGAGCUCUUAGCAAAUGGAGAUCCAGCAAUCUCAUCAGGUUCAACAGAUAAUUCUGCAAUGCAAAUUGAAACACAGUCUGCAAGUGCUGACACCACAAAUGGAACAAAUUCAACUGACAGCAGAACAACCAAUGGCACAAGCUCUCCUUCUUUAGCCAAUGGAGGCUUCAGAGCCAGUAGACCAUCACGGCCCCCUCCACCCACACCUCGCCGGGCGUCUGAUAUAGCUCCUGCCAUCACUGAAACUUCCUCCCAAGCUGAAGCUGAAUUGUUGCCCCCCCCUGCUGCUGCUGCUUCCAUACCCGAAGCUCCAUCCAACACACCUCCUGUUUCUAGGCAAAUAGCUCCCAUCAACAUUGAUGGACAGAGACUGGGACUAGUGAACCAAGGACCUCUGCCACCUGGAUGGGAACAGCGGGUUGAUCAGCAAGGACGUGUUUAUUAUGUGGAUCACGUUGCAAAAAGAACAACAUGGGACAGGCCGGAACCUCUACCUCCUGGAUGGGAACGUCGAGUGGACAACAUGAGUCGCAUCUAUUAUGUGGAUCAUAUAACCAGGACCACUACAUGGCAGCGCCCCACUUUGGAAUCUGUGAGAAAUUAUGAGCAGUGGCAAAUCCAGCGUAACCAGCUGCAAGGGGCCAUGCAACAGUUUAACCAAAGGUUCAUUUAUGGGAACCAGGAUUCCGUAGCCCAGAACAAAGAGUAUGACCCAUUAGGACCAUUACCGGUUGGAUGGGAAAAGCGGAUGGAUGGAAAUGGCAGAGUAUAUUUCGUUAAUCACACAAUUCGGACCACCCAGUGGGAGGACCCAAGAAAUCAGGGACAGUUGAACGACAAGCCUUUACCAGAGGGUUGGGAAAUGAGGUUUACAGUAGACGGCAUCCCAUAUUUUGUGGAUCACAACAGGAAAACCACCACCUAUAUUGAUCCUCGGACUGGCAAAUCAGCUCUGGACAAUGGACCUCAAAUCGCCUACGUAAGGGAUUUUAAGGCUAAGGUUCAGUACUUCCGAUUUUGGUGCCAGCAACUUUAUAUGCCUCAGCAUGUCAAGAUCACUGUGAACAGGAAAACGCUUUUUGAAGAUUCAUUUCAGCAAAUAAUGAGUUUCAACCCACAAGAUCUCAGGAGAAGACUGUGGCUUAUCAUCCCUGGGGAAGAGGGUUUAGAUUAUGGAGGAGUGGCAAGAGAGUGGUUCUUCCUCCUGUCCCAUGAAGUAAUGAAUCCAAUGUACUGCCUAUUUGAAUACGCUGGGAAGGAUAACUACUGUCUACAGAUCAACCCUGCUUCCUACAUUAACCCAGACCACCUCCGCUACUUCCGCUUCAUUGGCAGGUUCAUAGCCAUGGCCCUGUUCCAUGGCAAGUUUAUAGACACGGGUUUCUCGUUGCCUUUUUACAAACGGAUCUUAAAUAAACCAGUGGGUCUAAAAGAUUUGGAAUCUGUGGAUCCUGAAUUCUACAAUUCACUUAUAUGGAUAAAGGACAACAACAUUGAGGAGUGUGGCCUGGAGAUGUUUUUUUCAGUGGACAAAGAAAUUUUGGGGGAAGUCAAAAGUCAUGAUCUGAAACCUGAUGGCAGUAACAUCCAGGUGACGGAAGAGAACAAGGAAGAAUACAUCCGGCUAGUUGCAGAGUGGAGACUGUCCCGGGGAGUAGAAGAACAGACACAGGCUUUCUUUGAGGGUUUCAAUGAGAUUCUCCCUCAACAAUACUUGCAAUAUUUUGAUGCAAAGGAGUUAGAGGUGCUUCUGUGUGGAAUGCAGGAAAUUGAUCUAAAUGAUUGGCAGCGAAACACCAUCUACAGGCACUACACAAGGACCAGCAAGCUCAUCAUUUGGUUCUGGCAGUUUGUAAAAGAAAUUGAUAAUGAGAAGCGAAUGAGACUUCUGCAGUUUGUGACCGGCACCUGCAGGUUACCUGUUGGAGGAUUUGCUGAUCUAAUGGGAAGCAACGGGCCUCAGAAAUUCUGUAUUGAGAAGGUUGGCAAAGAAAACUGGCUUCCCAGGAGUCAUACGUGCUUUAACCGUCUGGAUCUUCCACCCUACAAAAGCUACGAACAGCUGAAAGAAAAACUACUGUUUGCUAUAGAGGAGACAGAAGGUUUCGGACAGGAAUAAAUGGCCAUUGGCCCAUCUCAGUGGCAGAAGAAAAGUGUCUGCAGCCCCGUGCAAGCAAGGGCACUUCCUACCACCCUGAGCAUGAAGAUCCCCCUAAUUUCCUUUGGCCCCAAAUCCUGCAAGACUAACAAUUGACAAAUCUGUCAAUAAUCUCUAAAAGUGAUCUCAGUUUUUUUUCUGAGUAGCCUGACGUCUGCUCCUCACUAGAUGUCUGCUAAGCAGAUAGUGUGCUGUAAAAGUACAGCUACCUGAAGGUUAUAUUCGGUCUUCUUCCAUGAUACCAUCUUUUAAUGUCCCAGCAUUGCUAUGGGGCCUUUGUACUGUGUCAGGCCUUGUCAUAUUAGGUGUGAGUGCAUUGCUGUUGGAAAAGCUGCAUUCACUAAGCAAUGUUAUUUCAGAGGACACAACCCAUUGAGCUGUAUAUAGCCAUAUUUAUUAAGUACUUCAGGAUAGUGUCCUUUGAAAUAAUUAGUCCCAAUGAAUAGUUCAUUGUUCCAACUCCUACGGUUGAGGGCAAACCUGGCGAUUCAGGGGGGUUUAGUCGCCUGGCGAUUAAUCGCCUCGACUAAUCUCCCUGAACGGCUUCCCCCUCUCUUGCGCCGGCUAUAAUGAAAAGUCCCCU